UUUCCUCUUUUUUGGGGCCACUGCUAAAAGACCACAAGAGUGCACAAAACUGAACAGACACGCAAUACACCCAACCCAUUUCUCUACGAAGCUGCUGCAAAAAAUCUACUCACUUGUCACAUUCAACUCUUCAUUUUACCUAUAUGAAGACAGGAAACGCUCAAAUUGAGGAUUUCUUUAACUUCUUAAAUGGACACACGCUGUGACUAAUGGAUUAUGAUACAUUACAGUAAGUCACAUUGCUUUCAACAAAUCUCGAAAUCAACCACAAAAGGGCGUGUCUGAGGCGCUAUUACUACUACGGAAUGCAGGAUGGGUCAAACUCCUUCAGAGCUCUCUCAAUGCACGUCCAGCACGGGCAGAGCGACAUGGAAAACAAGCGAGACGGCACAGCGCCUCGGAAUCUGUACGUUUAGAGGCAAGGGGAAGCGACAAAAUAAAGACUUGCAACGAUAUCCGAUGAAAAACAAAGCUCUGUCAUGUUUGAGAAGGAGAAAGAGGGACUCGAGUUGGACCGAAACGGAUUUGGACCAUUUAAAAGGUGCUGAGGAAACAAACCCGCGCAGCAGCGAACACCGAGUUGGAAAGUUAUCGAGGGACGAGUUCGUGGCUGACGCUGAGACACGCGCAUCGGCCCCCGGUUCCGAUAACACAAACCAAGGCCUGUAUGACCCAUCAGACAGGCCUUGUGUUCAGCGCGUAGUGAACCGGGAGGCAGCCGCUGGCUCCUCCGAUGCGUCACGUUUGGAAAAGCGCAGCGGAGAAGUUGGUGGUGCUGACUGCCCAGAGAACAAUGCCGCGCUUCCCUCGAUCAGAGCCAUGGAGAAUUAUUCGCCGGGUGAAGACCAGCGGGACCGGGCUGGGUGUGAGGGUAAGGAACUAAUAGCGGGUACGAGUGAGAGCCCCUCCACACAACUCUCCUCUGACAGGGGCUCGCAUGUUCAGACUGAGCGAACUCUGGCUAGUGAAACGCUUUUAAAGGACCUCUCUUGGGACACGAUAACAAAAUCAGACUGUAGUGUUACGGUUUCAUGCCUUCCUCCAAUGGCACGUGAUAAAACAGAAAAUAAAACUGACCACCAAAGUUCACCAGGAGGACAAUGCUUUCUAGGAACAAUACCAAAACUCAUAAUCACUAGAGACUCGACCCCCAGCUGUUCACAGGAUGGGGCUAACCUGCACCUGAGCAGCAGGGCUUGUCCGGAGUCUCAGCCUGAUGAUGAGUCUCCCUGCUCGGACAGUGGGUGUGGAGGCUCCCCUGCCCUGAUGCGCUCCCCCAGAAAGCUGUCCAACUCCUCCUCCUUUGGCUUAUCCUCUGCCUCUUCAUUUGAGGAGUCUGAGGACGACUUCACAGGGAGCGAUAUUGAGUCCAGCCUCUCCCCUGGACGCGUCCCUUCUCUGUGUAGCCCUGAAGAUGGAUCAACUAAUAAGUCCUGGCAGAAGUUGAAGACCAUGGUUCACUGGUCCCCCUUUGUUGUGUCCUUCAAGAAGCGUUACCCAUGGGUGCAGCUCGCAGGCCAUGCAGGUAACUUCCAGGCAGGAGACUAUGGUCGGGUCUUGAAACGAUAUUGUGAAUGUGAGCAGCAGUGUUUACAAAAGCUCAAGGAAGAUGUCCUCCAGCCGUAUGUUCCUGGGUAUUAUGGUGUGGUGAAGAAAGAUGAUCAGGAAUAUAACGUGAUGGAUGACCUCCUGGCUGAUUUUGAAUCCCCUUCAAUCAUGGACUGUAAAAUGGGCAGCAGAACAUAUCUGGAGGAGGAGCUGUCAAAAGCACGAGAGCGUCCACGUUUGAGGAAGGACAUGUUUGAGAAGAUGGUUGCUGUGGAUCCAGAGGCUCCCACUGAGCAGGAGCGAGCACAGCAGGGGGUCCUCAAACCUCGAUACAUGCAGUGGAGAGAGACCCUGAGUUCCACGGCCACUCUAGGCUUCCGCAUAGAGGGCAUCAAGAAAGCUGAUGGAACUUGCAACACUAAUUUCAAGAAGACGAAGCAGAAGGAGCAAGUGAUGAAGGCUUUGGGGGACUUUGUUGAAGGAAACAAUCACAUUUUGAAGCUUUACCUGCACCAAUUAGAGGAGCUGAGAUCAGUACUAGAAAAAUCGUGCUUCUUCAGGACUCAUGAGGUUGUAGGGAGCUCUUUACUGUUUGUACAUGACGCGUCAGUGAAGGCUCGAGUGUGGAUGAUUGACUUUGGGAAGACUGUUCCUCUUACAGAUCAACAGACCCUGGACCACCGCACACCGUGGGUCGAAGGCAACAGGGAAGAUGGCUACCUUUGGGGACUGGAUAAUCUUAUUGAUAUCUUUCGCACUAUGCUUUCACCAAACCGAGAGGAGGAAAGUACCACUGAUCUUUCUAUGGAGGACUGAUGCAGGCAAUAUUUCCUCAAAAUCAGCGGACAAUCCAAAACAAUUAAAUAUCUUUAUUAACUUAAAUUAUAAGAAGCACAAUGGGCACACUUUAUAUUGCUUUAUAAUACUGGAAUAUGCCAAAGGACUUUUUUAUUCUACUGGAGGCCAGGCAGCCUUGAGACAUAAACUUGAAUAUGCAGAGGAAUGUUGCCUAACCUUUGAUCUGGGAAUGAGAAAGAAUUCUUCAAUCACCUCAUCAUUACCGCAGUUGUUUUGAUAAUGAACAAACUUGUGAGGAACAGUGUUUUUCCAGUGACAUUUAUGAACUUAUUUUUGUCAUAAACCACUUUAACACUAAAACAUUGGCAAGACCAUGUGUUACAUAAUAUGUAAAUACAGAUUUAUUUAAGUAAUUAUUUGGCUUGUUGAACUUGUUUGUACAAUUUCUGUGCCUAUCAUUUUUAAGAUUCAUUCCAUUGCUGUGAACUGUUGUUGCUUUUUUUAAAAUCAAAGUUCACUCAAGUUUAAAGAAAACACAGUAUCCCAACGUGUCUCUACAGCUGUCAAUUGAAUGUGUUUUUAUGCUAGUUAAUUAGAUUUUUUUUGUUAACGCAGCUGUAUACAGAUUUACAAGAUUCUGUCUUAGCUUGAAAGCUGUUGCACAAUGGAUCUUGACAAAGCCAUUGAACAAACAAGUAGUGCCUCUGUGUGUAUUGAUUGUGAGCAGUCUUGGGUUUACACACAAACUAAAGCACAGUAAUGAACAUGGUCAGCUUUUGAUCAAUGUUUUUCAUUUAGCUGGGAUUGAAGUGGUGAAAAGUUUGUAUUCAAAGUGAAUGAGCUGAUUAAAGCCUGCAUUCAACUUG